UGCUUACUUAAUAAUAUAAAUAUUAGUUAUUGAGAACUACAAAAUAACAUUAUGUCAACUGAUCUCAGCGCAAGUUUCGACGAGCAGUAUGUUAAUAUAAAUACGAAGUUGAAAAAGCGGUUUAUGCGUAAACCAAAUGUUUCUGAAGCGACAAACGAGUUUAUAGGAUUAGCAAUACAAUGUGAACACUCGGAGCAGCCGUCAUUUGCUGGUCAGACGUACAUUGGAGCGGCAAAGUGCGAGGCUUUAGCUGGAAAUCAUUUGGGAGAAGCGGAACAAUAUCUUGCCGCAGCUCGACAGUUUAUUAAAGCCGAGGCUAAAUUAUUAGCAUUGAAAUUUUAUAGCCCAGAUAGAGAGAAUUUAGAGGCAGCAAUUGGUUGCUACCUGCAAGCACUAAGCAAGUAUCCAGACAAGUCACCAAUACGCACCUCAGUACUAAUGGAGCUUGCUAAUAACUUGGUCUCUUUGAACCACAAACUAGAAGCGGUGACAUAUUAUGAAGAAGCUUUGGAAACUGUAAAUGACAGUACUAUGAAACUGUUGUAUAUGAGAAAUCUGCUCAACUUGCUUAUUGAUUGUGGUAAAUAUGAUAAUGCUUUGCAAUUAGCAAAUAAAAUAUUUGAUUCUAAUAAUCAUAUACCGGAAGGAAUUUUAACUGAAAUUCAAGUGAGCCGAAUAUUGUUAACUUUACUUGUUAAACCUGAUGAAGGAAAUAAAAUUGAAUCACUCAAACAGCUGUUUGAUGACCUGAUGAAUGAUACUGAAAGUGAAGCAAUACCAUUCAAUAUAGAUUUGAAGCUUAAACUACAGUCUAUUAUUAUCUGCAGCACUGUUGGGGAUCUGCAGUCAUUGAUCGGUGUAGCUCCAGACACUAAGUCAUAUUUAACAUCACAACAAGCAGACUUAUUGCAUGCAUUGUACAGUGAACAGAAAGAUUAUAACUUUGUUCAUAGUUGAAUAUAUAAAUUAAGAUACUGCUAAAGACCUUGCCAUGUGUAAAUCAGAUCUGAACUGGUUCUAAU